CGAAUACGUUCAGUUGAGUUUGAAUUCUUGUUGUGUUCGGAAGUAACAUACGGAAAAUAGAAUAAAAUAUAGCUAAACUAUAUAGAAGAUAUUAACCCAAUUUUGUUUUGUUUAUCGAGAAAAGAUAACAAAAAACGAAACAAAUAUUUGUCAACACGAGUUUUAAUAAAGAAUUGUUUAAGAGUUUUAAAAGCCUUUUUGCAGAACAUUAAAAGUAAACUAAGAACAAUAUGACUUGUGAUCAAUAUUUAACCUUCAAUAAUGGCAUGAAAAUGCCGGCUUUAGGCUACGGCACCUGGCAAGCGCCAGACGAUGAAGUUGAAACGGCUUUACAUUUUGCCCUAGAAGCUGGCUACAGGCAUAUCGAUACAGCCCCGGUAUAUAUGAAUGAAAAGGCUAUCGGACGUGUUCUCAAAGAAUGGUUAGAUUCGGGUCGUGUCAAACGUGAGGAGUUGUUUAUUACCACAAAGCUACCACCGCCAGCCAAUGUUCCCGAUUAUGUUGAGCCAACAUUGCGUAACUCCUUGGCCGACUUGCAAUUGGAUUAUAUCGAUUUAUAUUUGAUACACACCCCGUUUGGUGUUAUGAUGGAAAAUAACGAUUUCAAGCGUGAUGAAAAUGGACUUAUUGUCGUGGAUCCUACCACAGAUCAUAUUGCCGUUUGGAAGAAAAUGGAGCGACUAUUAGAUUUGGGUUUGGCCAAAUCAAUUGGCAUUUCCAAUUUCAAUCAGAAACAAAUCCAAAGGGUUUUGGAUAACUGCACAGUUAGGCCAGCAAAUUUACAGAUUGAACACCACGUCUAUUUGCAACAACCCGAGCUAAUUGAUUUUUGCAAAACAGAAGGCAUUACCGUAACCGCUUAUUCACCACUCGGUUCCAAGGGUAUUGCCAAUCUUAACAAAAUGGCUGGCGUUGAGAGGGAGUUGCCGGAUCUUAUGGAUAUUCCAGAGGUAAAAGAAAUUGCUGAGGCCCAUGGCAAAACACCGGCCCAAGUUCUACUUCGAUGGAUAUUGGAUAGCGGCGUGGCAGCCAUACCGAAAAGCACCAAUGCCAAGCGUCUGAAAGAGAAUUUAGACAUUUUCGAUUUCAAUCUGACCGACGAAGAAAUGGAGAAAAUGAAAUCUCUGGAUGCCAAUGUACGCAUCUGUGAUUUUAAAUUUUUCCCAGGUGUGGACAAACAUCCUGAAUUCCCAUUUUAAGGUCUCUCGAGAAGUUUUUACAUUUAUUGAAAUCUGUAUUUUACUUGUAGCUGAUAUCCACAAUUUGCUUCGUAUUGCAAGCUUGAAAUGUUAAAGAGUAUUUUUUUAAUUAAUUUAUAAUUUGCCCUCAAUAAAGUGUUCGAAAAAUUGUUUGAAA